AGAGGGCGCCCUCUCGGCCUUUUCGGCGACCAUCAUUUUGCGGUGUUUGUGCAACUUUUCGGUCGUGUCCUGAAUCGGACUCAUCCGACACUUUCACCGUCGUUUUCUUCCACUUUUGGAGUCUAGACACCAAGCAAGAUGCCUCCCAAGUUCGAUCCUAAUGAAAUUAAAGUCGUUUGCCUGAGAGCCGUUGGUGGAGAAGUGGGCGCAACCUCCUCACUUGCCCCCAAAGUAGGCCCUCUUGGAUUGUCCCCCAAGAAAGUCGGUGACGACAUCGCAAAGGCCACCCAGGAUUGGAAGGGUCUGAAGAUCACGGUCCAGCUGACCAUCCAGAACCGGCAGGCCCAGGUCUCCGUCGUCCCCUCGGCCUCGUCGCUGAUCAUCAAGGCUCUGAAGGAACCCCCACGUGACCGCAAGAAGGUCAAGAACAUCAAGCACGACGGCAACGUCAGCUUUGAGGAGAUUCUCAGGAUUGCCCGCAUCAUGAGGGAGCGAUCCAUGGCGCGGGAGCUGUCCGGUACCGUCAAGGAGAUCCUGGGCACGGCGCAGUCCGUGGGCUGCACGGUGGACGGGAUGAACCCCCACGACGUCAUCGACAAGAUCAACAACGAGGAGAUCGAGGUCCCAGAGGAAUAAACAGUGGAGGCCUCAUAGCCCAACACUAGCCUGAGACAUGACCACAUUCAUCCAGCGUCACGGUCAACUAUCAGAGGAAGGACUAUACCAGGCUAGAGAAACAGAAUUUUAUUCAAAAAGUGGAAAAAAUUGUAUGAAGAAUUAAAAAAAAGUACGCUAAAAAAGAGAAAAAUA